AUGGCUUCCAUUUUCUUUUGUGCCUUUCUAUCACUAUCUUUAGCUAUCCUAUCCAUCAGUUGUGAAGCUGACUUGAUAGGAAAUGUUUGUUCCCAAUCAACGAACCCCUCUUUAUGCAACAACAUUCUUACAUCGGACCCUCGUUCUCGUACCGCAGAUCUUCGAGGUUUGGGACAAAUCUUGGUCGAAAACGCCAAAGCCGCCACACAGGACACAAUCAACGUUGCAAAUUCAAUCGGCGGAGGCAAAGCUGGCACGUGUGUCAGUGUUUGCGGUGACGCAAUUGAUAACUUGAACCAGUGCUCUACUUUCUUGAAGAGAUCGGACAGAGCGAGUGUCAGUGAUCUCCAAACAAAAGGCUCGGCGGCUCUAACGGAUAUGGGCACGUGCGACGAUGAGUUUGGAGAUAGCGAGCCAGCUAAUCUGAAGCAAGCCAGCCGCAAAGCGCAAGAUAUCAUCGACAUGCUUCUUGUCGUUGCGAAUAGUUUGUAG